AUGGAGCCACCAAUUCCCCCUGAUCACCAUUUUACUCCGCUUCCUCCAGACGUUCGGGGUCUCCACGACCCGUAUGAAGAACAUUUCGAUGACCGCUUUGUCGAGGAGCCUGCUUUCUUUGAAGAGCGGGCCCCAAGUGUUCAACAACGCUUCGACAGAAUGACCUUGCAAGAAGACACAGAAGAAAUCCGCCCUCGCGCGGAUCGGAUUCGAUCUGCUGACACUGUACCUACCUCACAAGAUUAUCUCUACUAUCGUCUGUCCAAGCGUGGCGACGAUUGGAGCGCCUGUUUCAAGAAGCCCAUCAAUGCCCCGGUUGACGAAAUUGAGAGAAAAGCUAGGAAAGGCAGGGGCGGUGAUGCCCCGGUGUUGGAGCAGCUAACCCGUAUGCCCUCGCUUCGCCGAAGCAUGCUUGACGAAGUGGUCCGAAAAGCCAAUGGCCAAGAGGCAGGAGAUGCCCGUUGGGAAGUUGUUUAUAUCAAGUCCAAGAAAGUACAGACCAAAAAGGGCAGGAUGGAAGUCCCAGAGAUGGACGUCAUUCUCGCCCGAACUAGAGACAGGUCAAGAUCAAGGGCCAAGUCCUUCGGUGGGGAGAAGGCGAGAAAAUUCGAAACCGUCCGAGAGAAGAGGUAUACCAAUGACAGCUAUGGCCGUGCAAGGAAAGAUUCAGUUCUCGACAAAUUAGAGGAUCCCGUCGCGAACCUGCCGCUUUUUGAGACGGAUGGCACUCCACGUGACGAGUUGGGCCCGCUUCAAUUCAAUAACGCCAACCUCCCUCCAUACAUCGCGCGAGAGAAGCCAUUGGGAUCGAAACCCGAGCAGAAGAAGGAGAACAAGGAGAAGAAGCGCAGCAAGUCUCGUAGUAAGUCGCGAGAGAGGGGUGCUGUCCAUGAUGAAGACGAUGUCUAUGUGGUGCCUGAAGUGCAAGAUUAUGCCGCCGACGCCGUGGAUCCUGCUCCUGUUGAUGCCGUGUUUGUUGAGAGCCCGACUGACCAUCGUGGCCGUCGAGCACAUUCACCACAGGAGCACCCUGUGGUGGUUGUUGAGAGUGAUGCUCGAAGGUCUCAUUCCCGACACCGGACGCAGCCAGAACCACGUUCUAAGUCUCGACGCCGAGAGUCGGUGCAUUUCCCCAACCAGCAUACUCAGCAGUAUUUUGACGUUGCUUAUGCCUCUUCGGAGAACAGCGAUGCUAGCCAUUACGGCUUUGUGGCCGACUACGCAGAAAGCUCCAAUACCUCCCUCAGUACACCUGGAGGUGUUCCUCGCCGAGGAAGCCUGGUGUACAGCCAAGGCCGUCCUGACGUUGUGUAUAAGAAGCACCAUCCCGGACCCAGCAGGAGACAGUCAUAUGUGGAACGACCAUAUCAUGGUGAGCAACAAAUUGUCGUGCCAGCGAUAGCACGUCGGAACUCUUAUGUCGUUCAUGAUCGACGACCGUCUGAGACCCGCUACGAACGCCUCCCUCCCCGACUAAUGAGGCAGGCGACGGCGCCCAUUCCCGAGGAUAGACAGAUCGUCCACCGCGACAUUCCUCGACGAUCGAGGGAGCAAGAGUUCGUGCCUAUUCGUCGCUACUCCACUCACGAAUCUGCCAUGCCAAUUGUUCACUAUCAUCAUCCAGAGGACGAACGCGAUUUCUACUACCGCGACGAACUCGACCGCCAAAGUGUCCGAGUCGAGGACUAUCAGCGUGAUCGCGUCCUCGAGGAUCAUUUGAGUCGCCGCGAACAACAACUCACUGCCCGUGAGAGGGAAGUGGAGAUCCGCGAAGAUGAGCUCAGGCAAGCGAAGAGGCUGCGCGAGGUGGCAGGAGAACGAGAAUACUACGACGACAGGGAUUUCAGGCGGGAGAGACGGGAGCCAAGGAAGCUUUAUUAUGACGCGAAAACAGGAGAGCAUUUCUUCUACAAUGAUUGA